AUAACAUUAGCCAUUUGGAUUUCAAUAUGAUUGUUACUGCAAAAUCUUUAAAAUGAAAGGAAAAAAAAACCACGCAGGUGAAAUAAAAACCAAAUGAAGAUUAUUACCAAACGCCGAAGCUAGCGCGUGAGAGAAAAGGUCGGUAGGUUCAUUGGUAACAUCAGCAGACUAAUGGAGAGAGAGAAACUUUGAGAAAAGAAAAAAACAACCAAUCGAAGAACUCAUAGAGAUCACGAAACCCUAGUGGAAAGAGAGAAAGCUUUGUUGAAGACGGCGGAGAUGAUGUCAUGUGGUGGGAAGAAGCCAGUGUCUAAGAAAACAACGCCGUGUUGCACGAAGAUGGGGAUGAAGAGAGGACCAUGGACGGUGGAGGAAGACGAGAUUCUUGUGAGCUUCAUUAAGAAAGAAGGUGAAGGACGGUGGCGAUCGCUUCCUAAGAGAGCUGGUUUACUCAGAUGUGGAAAGAGCUGUCGUCUACGGUGGAUGAACUAUCUCCGACCCUCGGUUAAACGUGGAGGAAUUACGUCGGACGAGGAAGAUCUCAUCCUCCGUCUUCACCGCCUCCUCGGCAACAGGUGGUCAUUGAUCGCGGGAAGGAUACCGGGAAGGACUGAUAAUGAAAUUAAGAACUAUUGGAACACUCAUCUUCGUAAGAAACUUUUAAGGCAAGGAAUUGAUCCUCAAACCCACAAGCCUCUUGAUGCAAACAACAUCCAUAAACCAGAAGAAGAAGUUUCCGGUGGACAAAAGUACCCUCUAGAGCCUAUUUCUAGUUCUCAUACUGAUGAUACCACUGUUAAUGGCGGGGAUGGAGAUAGCAAGAACAGUAUCAAUGUCUUUGGUGGUGAACACGGCUACGAAGACUUUGGUUUCUGCUACGACGACAAGUUCUCAUCGUUUCUUAAUUCGCUCAUCAACGAUGUUGGUGAUCCUUUUGGUAAUAUUAUCCCAAUAUCUCAACCUUUGCAGAUGGAUGAUUGUAAGGAUGGGAUUGUUGGAGCGUCGUCUUCUAGCUUAGGACAUGACUAGAUACAGGAAGAUAUAUAGUUGAUCGAAUCUUGAUGUCUUCUAUAUCUACCAUGCUUCAAGAAGGGGUCACAGAUGCGAUCUAGAAGGUUGGCAUAUAUGUGUACUAAGUUGUUUUGUGGUGAUUUGUGUGAUUAUUAUAAAACCAUAAAUUGUGAGUGUAACUGAGUACACAAACCUCUAUUUAUAUAUAUGGAUAUAUCUAUUGCGAAUAAAUGAAUCAUCACUAUCGUUAAAUAAGACUCGUGGUAAGCUUUUGUCAAAUACAGAUAACUAAUAAGCAUGUUCACAAUCUUAAAUUAUGGUACUAG